CGGCAGUAGGACGUGUACCUUUUUUCAGUGGAGAAACAACAUAAUCACUUGUGUGUUGUAUCAGAAGCUGUAUUAUUCGCAAGCGACCUGCAAUGAGGUUUUCAGUCCUGUCGUGCUCCUCCCUCCUGCUCGUCCUCGAGCUUUCCUCGUUCUCUAUUGGGUUCGUGCAAGUUGAACCUGGCUCCAUACUGGUUUUACCAUGCCUCCCUGGACAAAAUAAAAACAGUUUUGCCGGGGCCAAGAUCACCUGGAAAUACAAGGCAUUACUGGUUCCCGACCACCAAAUGCCACUCGAGCUCUCUGAAGAUGGCUUCUAUUUGGAAUUACCUUCUGUCAGUGCUGCCGACAGGGGGGAAUAUGAAUGUGUGAUCAAGCAGGAUGAUAUUGAAUUGCGAAAAACACACAUAGUCCAGGUUGAUGUGUCCAGCAGCUACAGCAUGAGGGUUUAUGAAGGCUCCAACGUGAAUUUACCUUGCGAACGUUCAACCACCCAAGAAACCAAGUGGUACAAGCAUGAUAAAGAAAUGAUAAAUGACACCCGAAAGCAGUUAAAUCCUAUGGAGAUUGGACAACUGGAGGACCGAGGCAGGUUAGAAUGGCUGUAUGGGCCCCUAGAAAACGACUUGACCAUCACACUUAACAGGGUCACCAUGGAAGAUGCUGGAAUGUACUUCUGUGAGACAACUGAGAACGAAGGCAGUGGCAGCAUUAACAUCAAUACAAUUGAGCUAUUUGUAGAAGCUAAGCCAACAGUCCCUCCUUUCUCCUGUGGUGAGUUCGUGACCCCUUGGGACUCGUGCCAAGACGAGACCAGCCGGUCGUGGGAAGUGAUACUAAAAGAAUCCUUGAACGAGUUUUCCAUGAAACUUUAUGCCAAGCUGAGCCAAUCAAAACCCACAGAAAACAUGCUCUUCUCUCCAAUCAGCAUUAGUGGAAUACUAACCCACUUGUUACUGGGCGCUCGUGGUGAGACGAGGAGAAAGUUAGAAUCUGCUCUCUGUCUGUCUCACGACUUCUUCUGUGUUCACACUGAGAUGAAGAAACUGAAGCUGAAACUUAGCGACACACUGAAGAUGGCCUCCCAGAUCUACUAUAACCAUAACAUUAAAUUAAGUGAGUCAUUUACCAACCAAUCCACGCAGUUCUAUGAUGCGGAUCCAGUGAAAUUAACAAAUAGCAGUGAGAAAAAUGUGGAAAUGAUCAACAGUUGGGUGGCAAAGCAAACUAACCAUAAAAUCGAACAUCUGGUUGACUCUGUUCCCGCUAACACUGAACUGGUCCUCCUGAAUGCUGUGUAUUUUAAUGGUCAGUGGAAGACAAAGUUUGAUACCAAAAAGAAACACUCACCAUUUGUAAAACUGAAUGGUAAUAUAGUAUCAACGCCCGUCCUCUACAGUAACAAAUACCAGCUGGCAAUGCAAUACGUCCCGGCUCUGAUGGCCCAGGUGGCGAUGUUCCCUCUCUCGGGUGAUAGCAGCCUUUUCGUCCUGCUCCCGCCCACUAACAAGCUCAAAGAUCUAAAACUGGUGGAGGGCAAAAUGAAGGACACGGCGGUUAGCCGUAUGGUAGAUGAGAUGAAGAAGGCGCCUCUCCAAAUGGUCGAGGUCAGUCUGCCCAAAAUCAAACUGGACAUCCAGACUGAGAUGAACAGCCUGCUCAGCGAUAUAGGUUUGACCGAGCUGUUCCAAGACCCCAACCUGUGUGGCCUCGCGGCCGAACAGCAGUUGGUCCUGACAGAAGCCCGCCACAAGGCCUUCUUGUCUCUGACGGAGGAAGGUGUGGAGGCCGCGGCAGCCUCCAGCUUCUCCUUCUCCCGCUCCUUGUCUAUUUUUUCAGCCCUCAGGCCCUUCCUGUUGAUAGUGUGGAGUGACAGUUCCCAAGCCCCUCUGUUUGUGGGCCGAGUGACCGAGCCGUGACAUGGAAGCGACGGUGAGGCAGAAGCAUUAGGGAAGACGCCGCUUUCUCAGAGGAAACAAAACUGGCAACAUCUUUUACCGUAUUAAUUCAUUUAGAUAUUUAAUCCAAAGGACAGACCAAACGCUUAUCCACAUUGGGGUGGCUAAUGCUCAGCAGUAUUGUGAAAUUUUAACCCACGGGCUAAAUGACCCUUUUGACGAUAUUGCUGUAUUCUGUAUCAACUUAUGUUCAAUGACUGUCAAAAUGGGUUUUAAAAUACAUCCUUUGGAGGGCUUGAUAUACACGGCAUGGUUAUCAAAAUAAUUAAAAGAUGACAACAUCUCUA